UGCACUUCGAUCCAAUGCAUUUACCUCUCAACAUACAGUAUCAUACUAACAUGGCUCUGUAUGUUUCUCCCUGUGUGUGUGUGUGCCUCAGUCUGGGGACAUUGACAUAGUCAACCACAGAACCAAGGAGACGUGUCAGCUCAAGUUCUCUCCCUACAGCUAUUUCUCCCGGGAAGUCCCUCGCAAAGUGACGGGGGUGGUGACGGACUGUGAUGGACAGGCACACUACGUCCUGUCGGGGACGUGGGAUGACAAACUCGAGAGUGCCAAGAUCGUCCACAGUAGCCGCGGGAGCAGUAGCUCUGAGGGCAAACAGAAGACGGUCUACCAGACGCUCAGUCCCAAACUGCUCUGGAAGAAGUAUCCACUACCGGAGAACGCGGAGAACAUGUACUAUUUCUCGUCGCUGGCACUGACGCUGAACGAGUUGGAGGAUGGCGUGGGCCUGACGGACAGCCGCCUGCGGCCUGACCAGCGGCUGAUGGAGGCCGGCCGCUGGGACGAGGCCAACAUGGAAAAGCAGCGUCUUGAGGAGAAGCAGCGGGCGGCACGGCGCCGGAGAGACGUGGAGGCCACCGACGCCCAGGACGAUGGUCGGGAGUACGAGGGCUACCAGCCUCUCUGGUUCCACAAGCGGACUGACCCCAUCACCGCAGAGACGAACUUCAUAUACAAAGGGGGCUACUGGGAGGCCAAAGACCGGCACGACUGGAGCAUGUGUCCAAACAUCUUCUGAGUCGCCUCGCCCGCCGCUCCUGCUGCUGCUGGGUGGCUGCUGCAGACACCCCCCCAACACCCCCCCCCCCCCCCCCACACACACACACACACACACACUCCCCAAAAGAAAAGCCGAGACGGAUAACACACUCUGGGUUCCUGGGGGAUAACCCCUGGGAGGAGCCUCCUGAGCGGAACCAAGGGGAACCAACCUGAACAGAACCGAACACAGCAGAGUGGCCUGGCUAUAGGAGCUGCAGUUGUGUGGACAUUACUACUGCUGCGACUGCUACUGCUGUGCGUGUGUGUGUGUGUGUGUGCAUGUGUGUGUGCGUGUGUGUGAGUGUGUGCACGCGUGAGUGUGUGUGUGAGUGUGUGUGUGUGUGUGAGUGUGUGUGUGUAUCUCACACAAGCUCUCAGUGCGACUUAUCUGCACCAUACCUUGUCCUUGUCUACCCAAGGACAGAGGUGGUUGGUGUGUGCUUCUCUGUGAGGGUGGUACAGACUUCUGCAGCCCAACUGAACCCCACCCCAGCCCACCCACCCUCCAGAGCAUAUCUUCCAGUCCGAAAAUCAGGUGCUCUCAUGACGGACUGCUCUUCACCUCCCCACAAACGCACUGUAUACAUCGUGCACAGAGGUCACGGCCCUGUGUGUUCUGUGGUGUUACAGUAGCAUCAGAGACCCACCCUCACCCCCAUUUAUAGAAGAACUGGUUUAGACUGGUUUUAUUUUCUCUCUAAAUCUCUCCUGCUGGCCUGGAUGCCAGAAGAGCGAGAGGAACUCAAAUCUCCUCCGGUAAGAGGAGGAACAUCUUAUUAAGGACCUGUAAACAAAGACAGAAAAAAGUAACUUUGUACUUUUUUUUGUUCUUUUUCUUCUUUGACCUCAUGAUUUGUCAUAUUCACACCAUUGAGAAUGUGUGAACCCCACAGUAGCUGAAGUAUCUGGAUGGACAAGGUCACCAUUGAUUUUUGGUGUGUGAACGGCAACGUUGAUGUAGCCUGAAUGAGCCUCCACUGGUUAUAUUGGAGCCUGUGGUUGGUGGGGAGAGGUUAGUGUCUGACCCCACUGCUCUCGUCACAGCUACACUCUGAGCUUUUUGAGGUCAGCUGAUCCAGUCUGUUCCCCACCAGACAUAUAAGACCCCCACACUCACCGACCCUCCCAGAUGGAGACUAGAGUCAGAUUCACUCUGAUCCCACAUAAGUCAAUCAGAACAAACAGACAGAUAUUACUGUCCUCAAUUGGACUAAAUCGUCAGAUGUGAUUCCUGCCAGGGCGCCCCCUGUAGGUUUGACUGUGUACUGCAGUAUUCUUGUAUGUCUUGUAUGUCCCAUGAUGAUGAAGGUCUCAGUCUAUAUGUGACCACCAUCCGAUUUGAUGCCAGCUGUCAGAGCAAGUAAAGCGAGACAACAUUAUUACCGAUAAACGUAAAAAAAAUUGUUUUGUUAACUAAUAGCCUAAAACAGUCAGAAAAACUAACAGAAUAGUUAUCAAAGGCACAUUUCCGCAUAGAAGCAGAUUUAAUCAAUCUCUGGGAACUCACUUUGAGGUGUUAACAUUAAUCAGUAUCCAAAUCUUUGAUCAUUUCCUUUUUCUGCAGUAUGAUUGAUCUUUCUCAUGUACUGGGCCUUUCUGAUGUCAUUCAGACUAACCAGCCUACGCAUUUACUCCCUCACAGCAGGCGUUCAACCUUUAGUUCAGACAGUACAUGUUACAGGGGACAAUAUCAGUGAUCUGGAGCUCGAUUUAGUUUUGUGUGCACUCUAUAUUGUGCACGCACAUCCAUGGCUGUUGCAUCCCUGCUCCCAGGGGUCAAAGUUGGGGGAUACUCUGCGACUUUAGCCAUCUAGUAGGUUAAGUAUUUGUUCACUUAACUGUAGCCCUCCAGAAUGAGAAACGAUCAAAAUGAUCUGAAACUACAUAAAAAAAAAAAAAACAGAUUUAAUCAUUAGUUCGUUAAAACCUAACAAUGUGCGGUGUGCACAAGUUGUGCACAUCAUUUUGGAUCAUUAUCCCAAAUCACAAGUGAACAUGUUUUCUUAGUGAUGUUAAGAAUGUAGACAUUUUGGCCAGACGUACUGUAGUAACCGUCUGUUCCCGUGCGGAAUUUUUUGUGAUUACUUAAUUGAUAACAGAUUAAUAUGAACGCUGAUGCUUUGAAAAGUAAUAGUGGUACUUGGUUUAACAAAAAAAGUGUGUUGGGUCAAAUCUGCAGUGUUAAGGUUGUACUGAAAGUUUUACCAUAAAUGUGAAUUGAAGUCCAAAACAAUGUUGCACCCUGAUUGAAACUCUGAUCAGCCUCUGAGGAUUUAGUUCAAUGGUGUUAUUUUUUAUUAUUAGAGGGCACUGACUCAUAAACCACUGGCCAUCCUUUAAUUUAAUCACUUUAUAUUAACACAUUGUUUUUUCUUGUGGUUGGCUUUUGAGUUCUUCACUAUGUUGCAUUGUCUCUGUUGUGGCCUUUUUUUCUUAUUUACAUUUUGAUUUGAGUCAGUGGUUUAACAAUUCACAGAGUGUUAAUUAUUGAGUUCAAGCACUUUGAAGGUAUUUUUUAAACCCAGGUACAGAGUAAAGGUGAGAUUAGGGACUGACAUCAUGACAAACAAAUCUGGGCGAUAAAGUAUGACAUCUAUGUCAGAUACUUUAUGGUUGAAAGGGGGUGUCACUGAAUUAUGACGUAAACAGUGUAUAGAAUGUCAUGUUUGUACUUGCUGAGCCAAAGUACAGAAUCAAAAUUCUUGGGUCAUGUGUGCACAUGGUCUUGCCUGGCGCUUUUGUUUAUCUUCCUGUUUUCCUUUUGAAGAAAAAAUGUUUCAUUCUCUUUUAUACUUUUCUAUUUUGUUCAGUGGCUUCAGGCUCCUUGCACAUAUCACUUUUUGUUUGGUUGUAGAUGCACAUUCACAUAUAUAGCCUAAAUCUCACUCAAUACUAAUACACACAAAAGCACACACCAACCAUUAGUUCUUAAAUGUACCUCAGACAAGAAUAGAUAUAUUAUGUAGUAAAAGAGCAUAUCAAGGUUUAUAAUAUUAUGGCAGAUUGCUGUAAAUCAUCAUUAAUAAUCCACAUAUAGAUUACAGACCGAGUGCUUAUUACUAAUACUUUGUGGUCUCAUAACAUUCACUCUCUACUGUAAAUGUGUUACUGUAAAGAUAACACUAAGCUAUCAUGUACAUCGUUCUGAUGGUUUGAGGCUAGUGCUCAGUGUUGGGAAGAAUACUUUAAAAAUGUAAUCAGUUACAGAAUACAGAAUACAUGCCCUAAAAUGUAAUUUGUAACGUAUUCCGUUACAUUACUCCAUCUAAGUACCGUAUUCUAAAUACUUGGAUUACAUAAGCGCUGUUUUACAUUUUAUCAAGUGGGAAAUCAAGCUGCUAUUUCAGUUUGUAAGACCCACAGGCGAUGUCAGCAAAAAAAACACAACUUAACUUUAUAGGAUAAACUGAAACAUUAUACAUUUUGUUAAUGCACAAGAUCAUCUCACAGAAAUAUUAGAAUUUCAGUUCAAAAAUCCCAGAAAUUCAUAUGAGAAGGAUUCUAAAAGUAACCCCUUAAAAUGGCCAAAGUAACUGUAUUCUGAAUACCACUCAUUGAAAAUGUAACUGUAACUAAAUACAGUUACUCAUAUUUUGUAUUCUGAAUACAUAAUCCCGAAUACAUGUAUUCAGUUACUUCCCAACACUGCUAGUGCUUGACUCUUGGCCAUGCUCAACUGUUGGUGCCCCAUGGUAGAGAUUAUUUUUCAGUCAUACUGUAUGGAGAAGGAUAAAGAAGUAUUUUUAAUAUGUUUAAGAAUUAUUAUAUCAAAAAAGAGGCAUCACAUUGUAAUCCAUUCAUUGUGUGCGUGUGUGUGAUUUUUUUUCUGUUUUAAGAACAUUUGAAGUGACUUAAGUUGUAGCAAUAACGAUUCCAUGACUCAUUUGUUAGGUGGGCUAUCUGUUUCACCUGGAAGAGACGAGAUGGAACCAACCAAAGCCUCAGUACAGGAUGCUCUGUAGCCUAACAGACAAGACUCUUAUGGCCUUCCCUGUGUGAGACUUAGACAUGUAAUAGCUUUCACUUUGGUCUUUUAUUUUCCCUUUUCAGUUCCACAUGCACUUAACCCUCUGGCCUCUGCUUUAGCUUUCUUUUCUUUUUCUUUUCUUUUGUUGUGUAACAGCGUGCCAUUGUCUUCCUUUUUUAUGAACAUGUAAAUAUGUACUCGUAUGUAUACACGCAAUUUGCAGUGUGUGUAUGUAUAGCGAAUUUCCCACUCGUUCAGAUCGACUCAGUGGGAUAUUUGAAACUGGAGCACAAUAAUGAAGACGAGGACUUUGGUCAUCUCCUUGCCUCGUCAGAAUUGACUCUAGGUUGUCAAGACCCUGAUCCAUCACAACAUUGUGCUCUUUCACCUGCCCGUUUGCCUUUUUUAAAGUCUUUCAUUUACAGUUUGUUUGAGUGCUGGAGACAGCACUGUGAGCAUGUGAGUGUUCUGAGCAGCACAGGUGGUUGUUAGCAUCUCUGUUUCUACUCCCAUAUGGCACACUUAGUUCCUGUGCACCUGAGAUGAAGGUGUGCUAAAGCUUCUACCGGGGUCGUUCUCCCUCUCUCCUUAUCUAUCGCUCUCUAUCAAUUUCUAUCGAUCUCUCUCGCUCGCUCUCUUUUUAAAUCAUUUUUACUUUCCACCAUUAAUUUAUGCAGCAAUGUUGCCUGCAACAAAGACUGACACAAUGAAAAAGUGGAGAUAAUAAAACUUUUAUUUGUUGAAA